AUCGUAGUGACGGUAGUGACCGGUAGUGACUGUAGGGAUAGGUAGCGAAAUAACCGAACGGAACUCUGUUAGGAGAAGUAAUUCGUCGUUGUUGGUGGUCCUGCACCGCAAUUGCAUAGCAGACGGUCGUAUUUCGCAUGGUUCUAGUUUGAUAUGUUUAACAUAAAGAAUAUAGUCAAUAAAAUCACAGACAGGGGAAGGGAAUCCCAGCCGAACUCACCAGGACGAGGUAAUGGGGAAGAUAUAUUGAACAAGCAAGCGGCAGAGGGAUUCUUGUGCCCGAAAUGCAUGCAGGCAUUUCCAUCCCCCGAGGAACUUGAGUCGCACUAUGGAUCAUCUCACAAUGGAGAUGGAGAGGGAGCCAUACCAGAUAUUCCUGCCGUGAGUAAUGCUCUAGACUUUCUCUCGCUACAUCAGGAAGUGGGUGAAAGAUACAAACACCAGGAAGGAAACUACACACAAGACACUUCAAUUAUUGAUGUACAAGCUAUUACUGAUCCAAUUGAACUGAAGAGGAGACUGAUGGAGGCACUUGAAAAUGGAAUGCUCUUACAACAGGAGAAGGAACGACUGGAACAGCGUGCAGCCCAGUUGGCACGUGAUAAUGUUACCUUGAAAGCUGCAUCUGAUGAAGGAGAAGGAAAUCAAGCUGCAAUGAAGGAACGUUUGAAAGUUGUGGAAGCACAGUUAGCUCACAGGGAGAGUAUUGAUGAUGCUGCUGUGCUUCGACAAGAACUUGUUCAAGUACAACGAGUAAUGGAUGAGCUGACACGUGAGAGAGAAAGGGAGAGAGAUCAACUGAAAGCAGAACUUAAACAACUCAAGGACCAGUAUGUUGCUAGAGAAGUCACAGACAUUAGUAAUGAACAAGCAUAUAAUGCUGAAGCCCAAAGGAGACAGGAAGAUUUGGAAAUUACAUUGAGGAGCAGAGAAAGUUGUAUCACAGCUUUACAAAAUGAUAUAGGAAUCUACAAAAAAAAGCUAAAUGAGGCUGAAACAAAACUGCACCAAGAAUUGUCUAGAUCACAAACUUUAGAGCAAGAAGUGCAAGUUCUGAAGGACAGAGUAGGUGAAGUGUCAGAAGAAUGUGAGAAAAAAACAGAUGAUAUCUUACACUGGCAGAAUGAAUACGCUGAGAUGAAGAGGGAGAGAGAUCAAGUACAGAAACUGCAGCAGAAUGGAGCCAAUGAAAUAAAUAUAUUGCUUCAGCAAGCUGAAGAGAUCAAAGCAAAGUAUGAUGCUGCUCUUAAAGAGAGAGAAGAAAAAGAGGAAGGUAUUAAAUCAGCACAAUCACGCCUUGAUGCUCUUUACAAACAGAAAGACAUAUUAAAGAGUGAACUGACACACAAAUCAAAAGUCUGUGAAGAACUAGAGAAGUCAAAUUCAUCUCUGCAUGAGAAGAUUAAGGAGGCAGAAAGAGAAGUGUUGCACAAGAAAGAAGAAAUUGCAAGAUUAGAAUCAGAACGUGCAGAACUUCUUGUUCAAAUUGAAGCAGGUGAAGGUGCCAGCACUGCCAUCCAGCAGCUGUCACAGGAGAAGAUGCUACUGAAUAAGGAGUUGAAAGAGCAGAUGCAGUACCAUGCCACGUAUGCGAAAGAUAUGUCAACAAAACUGGAAGGUGCAACAGCUCAAGUCCAUGACUUAGAAGAAAGUAAUAAAGGCAUGGUAUUACAACUUGGUAAUCAUGAAAACAAGAUACACUCUCUGAGUACUGAACUUCAAGAAUUGCAAAAAGAGGUCGUCAGGUUAACAGAUGACUUAAAUAAGAAGGAAAAUGCUCUGCAAGUACUUCGUUCUUCCAGUGAUCAUCUUAAAAGUGAGAAAGAUGUGUGUGAUCAAAAGAUUCAUGAUUUGGAGUGUCUGUUGCAAGAAAAGUCUUCAUCAAUAACUCGUUGCAGUGAAAAAAUUGACAAUAUGAAUGACAUUUUGCAAACAUAUGAAAGAAGAUUAGAUGAACUUGAAGUAGAAAAUAAGUCAUUAGAGGAUAAACUCAGGGAGCAGGAAUCAAAAAUUGAUCAACUCAACAUAAAUCUUGUUGCAACAGAAUUAAAACUAAAGGAAUCUGUUUCUCAAGUGGCAGAUUUGUGUGCAGAAGUUGAGGUCAAGACUGUUUAUGGCUCACAGCUGAGGGAGGAAAAUGCUAAAUUAGCUGUUGAAUUCAGUUCAUUAAAAGAAAACUUGAAAGAAAAGGAAGAACAGCUCCAAGUAUUGGGUGUACAGAAAGCUUCAUUGGAAACUAGUCUUUUUGAGCUUACAGCAGAAGUAGAAGAGGAUAAAAAGAAGAUUGAAGAUAAAUGGAAGAAAGAUGUGGAAAAGAUAAGGUCAAAGUUAGAACACAGCCAAGUCAUGAUUUCAGAACUUGAAGAAGGUAAGAAAGUUCUACUAGAUGAAAGGUCAGAAAUGAUGCAACAAAUAGCAACACUGGAAAGAAACUUAGAGGAAGCAAGUAAGACUGCGCAUGAGAAACAUUCAGCUCUGCAGAAUCAGUUGUCAGCUGUGACUGCUGCCAAACAGACAACUGAAGAGGAAUUGGCUGCAGAGAGGUGCAAGUGUUUGGAGCUGAAGAAUGAUAAAGAAAGUGUGAAGGAGGCAUAUGAAGUAGAAAUUGAGAAGAAAAAUCAGGAAUUAAAGGAUGUGCAUACCUGUCUUGAUGAUGUAGCUGGAGAAAAGUUGGCCCUAGAAGCACAGCUUGCAGCCAGCCAGUCUGAACAACAGGCAGUAUUGGAACGCUGCUAUGCCAGCUCUGCUGAGAAUGAAAACCUACGUAAAACAAUUGCUGAUCUCCGGCGACGGUUGGAAGAAAGCCAGGCAGCUUUGCAUGAACUUGGGCGGGAAAAUCAAACGCUUCAGCUUGAACUGGAAAAGUUGUUGGGUCGUAAGUGGACAGAGGACUCUGAUGUUAUUAGCUGCAGCCUUUGCCAGAAGGAGUUCUCGCUUAUUGUAAGGAAGCAUCACUGCCGUAACUGUGGACAGAUUUUCUGCAAUGAGUGUUCAUCCAAGAUGGCACCCAUUACAAGCAACAAGAAGCCCGUCCGAGUGUGUGACUCUUGUUACAAUGAGUUAGGUAGCAAAUAGUGUAGUGACUCAUGCUCAGAACUAUGGCUCUUUAACAUUUAUUUCAGUGCCUCUUGCUGAGAAAAACAUUUUUUUUGUGACUGAAAGUUAGAGAUUACUCCUCAGAAUUAAAUUUUGAGAAGAAUGAAUCACUCUUUUCAUGUUGUGUCAGCCAUUGGAUUGACACAUGAUGACCUUUUCAGAAGAUGCUGAAUGUGCCAGAAUGUGUUUGCUGCUAUAUCAUCAGAAAUAUUACUUAUACCCUUGCAUAAAAAUAGUGUGCCAAACGGUAUAUUUUGAGAUACAGUCCCUAAGGGAUGUGAAUAGUAUGAAUAAAUGAAUGGAUGUGUGAGAUGCAAAGAUUACCAUAUACAAAGUUCUUUUUAUUUGUUUUUAUAGUUUAUACCUGUUUGACAUAAAUUCUGAUGUUAAUGUUGAUUGUAACAUUUGAGAAAGUAUUGUAAGUUCAUUUUGUACAUGUUCAUUUGUGUUCUCUUUAUUAUAUUCUUCAUUAUCUGUUUAUAUCUUUUAAAUAUUGAUAGGCAGUUUUUUUUGUUUGCGUUACAUUUUCAGCAUAUUCUAUUAUUGGUGUUUAAAACUGGAAAUCAGAAGGUGCCAAAUAUUUUGUAGUUAUUUUGAAUAAUCUACACAACUUUAUAAAAAGGCAGCUGUACUCGUAUUACUGAGCAAUCUAGAAAGAUUGGGAAUUCUUGUGGUCUGUAUCUCUGCAAGAAUAUAAGAUUUGAGAUUAUCACUAUAGUGAAGAUUCAUGUCUGGUCAGAGCAAGCUGUAAGGAUGCUGACUCAUCUUAGGACACAUUCAACCAGUAUUACAAAUGAGUACUUAGCAUUCUUGCUUCGUAUUCAUGAGUCACCUGGUUUGAAUUUUGGCCAGGCUACUGGCUGUCCCAAUUAAGAUUUGCUAUGAUUUCCUUAAUCCCUCCAGGUAAAUGAAGGAAUAGUACUUUCAUCUGUGUCAUAAUGACUGCCUUCUAAAUCCUUUAUUGUUCAUUAUUAAUGAUUAUCUUUCCAUCUUAUUUAGCGUUAUUAAACCCCUGCAGUUCAAACAGCAUUGUUAAUUACUAGAAACAGUGAAUAGGACAUGCACUGCAGCUAUUGUGACACUGGGUAUAAGAUGUUACUACUGACCUGUACUGCUAUAUAUGUGUCAUUUUAGGGCAUACAUGUGUUUGUUCAUCAUGUCACUGUUUUGUGCCUGGAACAGCGUAUUAUAUACCUGACUUAUUAUUUUAAUAUCCUAUUCUUACAAAUUUCGAGUGAAGUUAUAUAUCAGAGAGUUCAGAAGAGAAUAAAAAUUGAUUUAAAAUGCAGUUCUCUUACAGUAUUACAAUUUUAUACUUAAAUUCUCUUUCAGACCAUUAGAAUUUAAAUUCUAAUGGCACAUGUUGGUAUGUCUGCUAUGAAAAAGUGUUGCAAUGGAAUAUUUUCAUGAUACAUUGUACAAAUAUGAGUACAGGUGUCCUCCAAUUUAAUCAGAACAAACUGCAAACUUGCAUUACUUGCUACAUGUUUCAUGCUGGUUUGUUCUUUAACCCUGAAUAUGGUGGAAACACAUUUCACUGAAACAUUGGUUGACUUUCAACAGACUACACAGCAUUGUCUAAGUUAGAACUCUUCAAACUGUGUAAGAUUCUGGAAUUCAUGACUUCUUAUAAUGUGAAACGUGUUGUGAUUUUAGAAUGUAUAAAAGUCAAAUGUUAGUAUUGUUUCCUGCUGGGCAGGUAGGGAUAUUCUAGCUGUUUUGGGGAGACUUUGUACCUUAUGCAAGGGUGUUUCCGUACCAAUUUAAUUAUGUCCCACGUGUACUGUAGUGAUGGUAGUGAUAUAGUUGGACAAGGGGCAGCAUGUUGCUAAUAGUGGGCUAAUUAUGAGCUCGUCUGUACACAGAAAUUAUUAUAUCAGAGAUCGAAUGGCUUUCAAGGUGCAGUAAAUUUGAUGUAUAUCUUGAAGUGUAGUAAUAACAAAGAAGGAAAUAACAUACAAUUAACUAUAAAAUUCUGUUCCAUCCCUAGUUAAUGUGAACUCUGAACAUGUGUGUUCAAGUACAUUAAGAAGGAUGGAUUAAGGAUAGCUGAUGAGGUAAUCACUCAAGGUCCGAGAUUAGGAGGAGGUUAAAGGUAAAUGAUUUUUAUGUAGCACAUAGCAAGUGCAAGGUAGCCAUGAAACUGAGCUCUUUUUAUCUCUCUGUAGUGCAUUAUCUCACCAGUAUUUGUUACUGUGGAAUAGAAAGGACAUGUCGUGCUAAGGCCUGUAAACAUAUGCAGAUUACACUUAAUAUGUUCCUGCACAGAACUUCUGUUACAAUAGGGGCAUUAUAACAAAUGUUGAAUUUGAGGUUGUCAUAGCAAUGUCUGUGAAGACUUCUGAGAUACAAUGCUGUGUAGUUCAAUGAAAGUUAAACGUUUUGGAGGAACAUAACACUUCCAUCUCCAUGUUCAAAGAAUAAGUCAAGCAAGAAACCAGCAUGAAGCAUGCAGCUUUUGCCCAACUGCACGGUAUUACAUUCCAGAAAAUAGAAGCUCUCAUACCCCUCCCCCC